AUGCAGCUGUUUCUAAUCCACCUCGGUGGCAGUUUCCAGAGUAGUAUUCUGCUUCUGAUGGCCGUAGACAGACUUGUUGCCAUUUGUUGGCCUUUGCCCACCUACGCAAUCAUUUUCAUAGUCAUAUUCCAUAGCCAUACGGGGGAGGCACGCCAGAAAGCCAUCCACACCUGCGGCACGCAUUUAGUGGUGAUCACCGUUGGCUACCUCUGUGUUGUGUGUGCCUUUGUUGGGUACAGAGUCAGCAACAUCGCACCUGAUAUAAGGAUUCUUUUGACCAUAUCGUAUCUGAUCAUCCCGUGUGCUUUUAAUCCAGUGAUAUAUGGGAUCAGGACAAAAGAGAUUAAAGUGCAUUUGAUGAUGAUAGCUGCCCAUGGCGGCUCCGGCCACGUCCCUCUGCACUAA